AUGGAGAAUCCAUCAGAGGUGCCAAAAGAUGAGCUGGUGCAAAUCACCUGGGAGUCCUCACACCCCCGCCGCAUCCUCGUUCCAGACCACCUGGGAGUCCUCACACCCCCGCCGCAUCCUCGUUCCAGAUCACCUGGGAGUCCGCACACCCCCGCCGCAUCCUCGUUCAAGAUCACCUGGGAAUCCUCACACCCCCGCCGCAUCCUCGUUCCAGAUCACCUGGGAGUCCUCACACACCCGCCGCAUCCUCGUUCCAGACCACCUGGGAGUCCUCACACCCCCAGCGCAUCCUCGUUCCAGAUCACCUGGGAGUCCUCACACCCCCGCCACAUCCUCGUUCCAGACCACCUGGGAGUCCUCACACCCCCGCUGCAUCCUCGUUCCAGAUCACCUGGGAGUCCUCACACCCCCGCCGCAUCCUCGUUCCAGAUCACCUGGGAGUCCUCACACCCCCAGCGCAUGCUCGUUCCAGACCACCUGGGAGUCCUCACACCCCCGCCGCAUCCUCGUUCCAGAUCACCUGGGAGUGCUCACACCCCCAGCGCAUCCUCGUUCCAGACCACCUGGGAGCCCUCACACCCCCACCGCAUCCUCGUUCCAGAUCACCUGGGAGUCCUCACACCCCCGCUGCAUCCUCGUUCCAGACCACCUGGGAGCCCUCACACCCCCAGCGCAUCCUCUUUCCAGACCACCUGGGAGUCCUCACACCCCCAGCGCAUCCUCGUUCCAGACCACCUGGGAGCCCUCACACCCCCAACGCAUCCUCGUUCCAGAUCACCUGGGAGUCCUCACACCCCUGCCGCAUCCUCGUUCCAGAUCACCUGGGAGUCCUCACACCCCCAGCGCAUCCUCGUUCCAGACCACCUGGGAGCCCUCACACCCCCAACGCAUCCUCGUUCCAGAUCACCUGGGAGUCCUCACACCCCUGCCGCAUCCUCGUUCCAGAUCACCUGGGAGCCCUCACACCCCCGCCGCAUCCUCGUUCCAGAUCACCUGGGAGUCCUCACACCCCUGCCGCAUUCUUGUUCCAGAUCUCCUGGGAGUCCUCACACCCCCAGCGCAUCCUCGUUCCAGAUCACCUGGGAGUCCUCACACCCCCAGCGCAUCCUCGUUCCAGAUCACCUGGGAGUCCUCACACCCCCGCCGCAUCCUCGUUCCAGAUCACCUGGGAGUGCUCACACCCCCAGCGCAUCCUCGUUCCAGACCACCUGGGAGCCCUCACACCCCUACCGCAUCCUCGUUCCAGAUCACCUGGGAGUCCUCACACCCCCGCUGCAUCCUCGUUCCAGACCACCUGGGAGUCCUCACACCCCCGCUGCAUCCUCGUUCCAGACCACCUGGGAGUCCUCACACCCCCAGCGCAUCCUCGUUCCAGAUCACCUGGGAGUCCUCACACCCCCAGCGCAUCCUCGUUCCAGACCACCUGGGAGUCCUCACACCCCCGCCGCAUCCUCGUUCCAGAUCACCUGGGAGUGCUCACACCCCCAGCGCAUCCUCGUUCCAGACCACCUGGGAGCCCUCACACCCCCACCGCAUCUUCGUUCCAGAUCACCUGGGAGUCCUCACACCCCCAGCGCAUCCUCGUUCCAGACCACCUGGGAGUCCUCACACCCCCAGCGCAUCCUCGUUCCAGAUCACCUGGGAGUCCUCACACCCCCAGCGCAUCCUCGUUCCAGAUCACCUGGGAGUCCUCACACCCCCGCCGCAUCCUCGUUCCAGAUCACCUGGGAGUCCUCACACCCCCAGCGCAUCCUCGUUCCAGAUCACCUGGGAGUCCUCACACCCCCGCCGCAUCCUUGCUCCACCUCAUCAUCUGAGAGUCCUCACACCCCAGCUGCCAAGACAAACAGGAACCUGCCAGCAGGAGCGCAGCCACCUGGAGUGCGGGAGCGAAGGCGCAGGCUCCUGGUGGAGCCCUCAGCGAGGAUCCACGGGCCCCGCGCGCCGGAGGCUCGUGUCUGCCCCCACGCCAGCGCCUGCCCAGCCCCUGGCCCUACAGUGUUCAUUCAUACAACCAAGGCAGCAAUACCAGAGACUCUGGGUGCUGGAAGCAUGCUGGACUCUGUAUAG